UCCUGGAAUUUUAUUCGCACGCUUCGAGAAAAAUUAGCAAUUCUACCAGCAAGAAAGAGAAUCGAUAUAAGCUUCCCUCCAGCGACGAAUAUGCAUGAAUACCAGAAUGCAUUUCAAGAUGUCAGGGAAAAAGUCUCUUUCUGCAAGCGUAUUCUUGACGCUUUUCUGUCAGACGCUAAAUUUUCAAAGGUUACUUUUCAUCAAAUAUAUCUCUACGGAUUCAAAUAAUGUUACAAAAAUAACACGUAAUAAAACAGUUAACAACAAAACCUCAAGUAUUACAAGUGUUAUUGAUUCAGGAUGAAUCUCGGUUUAACGUAAAAGAAGUUGGAAGUAUCUACAUGGAGAAAUACCUUAAUUUGCAAACUCAGGACCCAUGGCCACAACCGAUUACCCUUUACCAGCCGUACGAGGUGGAGCAGAUCCUGCUACCGGAGAACGCAAACUGCCUGGCAGUGCAGGCGUACCUGAAAAUGUGCCAGUUGGACUUUCAGAUAGAACCAAGGAAAAACGCAGAGUUCAUGUCGCCCUCGGGUCGCGUACCGUUUAUCAAAUGCGGUGCCAAGCUGAUAUCAGAGUUCGACAGUAUAGUAGCGUACAUAGAUAGCAAAGGAAGCAGUCUGUCUGAUCACCUGACCGCUGCGGGCAAGGUGGACAUGCGAGCGUAUCUGUCCCUUGUAAAUUAUAUAUUUGUAAACGCGGAGCUGUACGUUUGCUGGGUAGACCCAACGAUCUUGAACGCGGUCACGAAGCCGAGGCACGGCAGCGUGUAUCCUUGGCCGCUCAAUCAUUAUUUGAACUGGCAGAAGAGGAGAGAGGUCAUCAGAAGGCUCACUGUGCUCGGCUGGUACAACAAAAACUUGAACGAGGUCUUCGAUGACGUAAAAAAAUGCUGCAUAGCGCUGUCCGAGAGGCUAACGGACGAGGAGUUUUUCUUUGGGAAGGACAAGCCGAAUGAAUUGGAUGCCUUGGUCUUUGGUCACAUUUUCACGAUAAUCACGACGCCGCUACCUAACAACGGGCUGGCCAUGAUCGUGCAGAGCUAUCCGAAGCUCGUGAACCUCUGUAAACGCAUCGAGACUAGCCUUUUUUCUCCUCAAGCUGUAGAGAGUCAAACUAAUGAAACGCUGGAGUGCAAGAAUUAGGCCAAUGAUCCAACCGUACCAGGGGUUUGAAUUAAAAGACAGUGGUGAUCGUUUCUUAAAUUCAAACUUAUUCCGAUAUCAGCCGGAUAGAAUAUGCCAAAAGAAAAAUCGGAGCACAUAAUUUCGAAAGUAGACGAUUACACAAAACUUGCUUCUACGAAAUGUACCGUCGAUUCCGUCAGUGUUCCUGGGAGUAAUAUAUUUUAUAUAUAAUUUUUCUUAUAUAUUUAUAUUAUUAUUAAUGUAUAUAAUUAAUAAUGUAAUAGUAUUAUACAUUGUCAGUGCGCUGUUAAAUUAGAAUACUGAUGCCGUCGUGUAGCAAAGGUAGAGAGGACGAGGGAAAACGGGAUUUUCUAGUCAAUACACCGAUCUCCGUUUCUGUACGUUGUCGCAUGCAAACUCGGGAGAAGUAACAAUCUUCGAUGUAUGUAUAUCGUGAUCGCACGUAAAAUAAACUGAAUGUAACUUUUUUUUCCAAAUAUCACUCGAUGUUAUGCGAUGUACGAUUGCGUUUCUUGUCUCCAGCGUUUCAGUUACCGCGACGUUGUGUUUGAAACGCGAAUCAAAAGCGAUCUUCUUAUAUCACAUCCAUCAUUUUACAUCUCUCUCGUUGAUAUUUAUUUCAGUAACAAAUCUUACAGGGCUGGUUGAAAAUGUAAAAAUUACAAUGCAAAAUAAAGACGCCUCGCAAUCAC